CCGAUCUCUCUCAAACUUCGCCGGCGUAUUUUUACUCACCACCCGACGUUUAUUUACCCCUACCCGAAUUCCGUAACGACGGGUCAAACCGCGUUCGUAAGAAUAUACGUGUAUUCGUCGCUGCAGAUUGACAAACCGAUAAAGUGCGGAGUUGUGGUUCGGAAUUAUAGGCACCGUGGUGAAGUUUUUGUCGAGUUAUCCGCGUUGCCGCUCAAAACUGACUACCUGUAAAUUUGAUGCAAGUGGAGUUGAUCCCAAGUGCAGUCGUCACAACGGCGGCUGGGAAGUAUAAGCGGGUCUAAGCUGUGUCAUUUUCCUCGACAAGGCCAGCUUUCUGGUUCACUCAGUGUUCGUACGUGAAAUAGGAGGAGCGGGCUCCAGCUGCAAUUGAGCAGUAAUAAUCGUGAACAGAGUGCGAAGACCGAACACCGAGAGACCACUUAUACAGCCCGUUCAACGAUCUCGAUCCAUGCCGUUGCAAAUUAUCAAUCGUUGAACGGACUCGGAACAAUUCUCCAGAUUGUGCCGACAGAGGAUAUCUCACCUAAUCCAAAUAAAUAUUCGCUUCCCGAUUUAUUAUAUCCGCCGGCAACAGAUUGUCCCGAUGACCGUAAUAAACCCGGUAAUGAACAUGUUGUACGGUACGUCGUACCUACUCACGAUUAGAACACGCUACCAGAAACGAAAGCAUUCCGACCUGUACUCGCAUAAUCUCAGGCAGCGUAAUUGCGAGCGCGUGUAAAUAUAUCUCGCAAUCACAAAGUAAUUUGUAUUAUGGCAUGUACAUACAUACAAGCAUACAAUGAAUACAAUAACAAUAGUUACUUGACGGCUGCCCGUUCCCGCGGAUGACACCGUAGAUCGUUUUAAGAAAGACACGCACGAGUGAAUAAAUCGGUAUACUUAUAAUCUAGUCAGUUGAAAAUGUUUGCGAGGGAGCCGAACGUUGGUGACACCCACGGUGAUUUGUUGUACAUUUGUACGUACGGUAGCUACAGGUGAGCCACGCAACAGUCGCGUGUGCUGGCUGGUAGUAUAAAUAAUACGAUAUCGUACACACGCGUAUGGUAUUAAAAAAAAAAACCGUCACGUUGUUGCGUUGAUCUACCUUGGCACGCAAGUUGUACCUGCCUGUUUAUUUCAGUGCUAAUUAUUUGGCAUAUGCGAGUCCGGCGGAUUUGGUGAUAUAUUUGGGGAGGCGGCAAGAAUCGCGAGGGCGGAGGUGUACCGAAUGAUGGGUAGCAGGUCUCAGCCGACAAGAACGAGGAUAACAAACGACGCGGAGAGCAACGUAAGGAAGACCGCAGGGAAGAAACGAUCGGCGAGAAGAUCAGUCCUCACUUCUCCGUCCCCGUCCUCGCCCUCGUUGUCACCGUCGCCCAGUUCGCCCUCGUCCUCGGCAUCCGCGUCAGCGUCCCCGUCCCCCUCCCCGUCCCCGUCGCCGCCACGUGCACCCUCGGCUCCUGGAGUCUCGGCCGCACUCGCGGCACCCUUGAGGACGACGCCGGCACCGAUUCCCGUCCCUUGCCCAGGUGAACCGGAACUUCUGAAAUCCCUUACUACGGGGAAGAUUAAGCGAGAGGCACCGGAUGACGAGAUUAAGGAAUACGCAGCAACGGCGAUGAGCGAACUCCUCGGUUGGUACGGAUACGACAAGGUGGACAGCGGUUGCACGAGGGGGCUCAACUUGGACCACUUCGCACCUCCGGCACCCUCCCGGCAUCUCCAUCACCUGCCCCGUGCACUGUCGCGGGCCCUCGCUGCCGUUCCCUUUCCACGAUCGCACCAUUCGGGUUCGAGGUCACCACCCUCGGUGACCCUCGGGGCAGUUGGAUCCGCGGAAACUGGACCACCCCCGCCAACCUCGUCGCCGCUCUCGUUGAGGACGGGACCUGGGAGCCCCAGGGCGCCGGAGAGCAGCGACACCGCGCCCGACACCCCCGACGGGCCAACGAAUUGUUCUUGGUGCGGACGCACCGGAGAUAGUUGGGAACCUGGGGGUGGCUCUGUUUCCGGCGGCGGAAGUACCUCUGGUCAAUUUUGCAGCGAGGCCUGUUUCGCCGCGGGCAGACGGGCGGCUUUCAAAAGGGCCCGGACAUGCGACUGGUGCAGACACGUUCGCCAUUCCGUCAGCUACGUGGAUUUUCAGGACGGAGAAAGCCAGCUGCAAUUUUGCAGCGACAAGUGCCUGAACCAGUACAAGAUGAACAUCUUCUGUCGAGAAACUCAGGCUCACUUGGAACUGCAUGGUUUAACCGGUGCUCCUUCGGUAAACGGUGUAGCUGGUGCCUCGACUGGUUUAAUAACACCGGAAUUGUGGCUGAAGGACUGCAGGUCGCCGCCACUCAGCCCGAAAGAAGGAUCGUUGGUAGUUGAAAAUGACGAGGAUGACGAGAAUGAUGAUCGGAACGUUGUUGAUGAACCUUGCACGGAAGCAACACCAUCGGAUGGCGGCAGUGACGACAAGGAUAUAAUGACUAAGACGAGUAUCAGCCCACCGGCACGACGCGUGGGGAUAUGCGACAUUAGCCAUCCAAUGAGCGUUUCGUUCACCAGAAGCAGAAUGCGACCUGCUGCACAUCCGCGACGCACGGCACUCGCGGGAGAAUGGAAUCAACGCCGGGGACGAGAACGAUCCGACGACGAGGAACGGGAAGCUGACGAGGAGCGAAAACGCGACCGAGACAUGAUCGAGCGUGAAGUGAUCAAGGAGACGAUCAAAGAGUCUCUAAGGGAAAGGGAGUUGUCGCUGGUAGGAUCCAGCCUUGUGCCGUCGAGGCAGGAAGUACCGCCGAAUUCGAAUGUUCGUCGAGAGGUUGACGCCCCGCUGCUUCCGCCUCCUCUACCGUCAGCGAUCGUCCCCAAUUCUGGCCCAACGGUGCGGGAGCGUGGCAGAGAUCAUACCGUCGCUGACAUACUCGCUCGCGAUCCUAACAGCUCUGUUUACGAAUCCGCGAUCAAGGAUCCCACCGGAGAACGUCGCGGCGCUCGGGAGGGCACGAUCCAUAUCAAGGACGUUAACGAACUAAUACGCGAUCCUCCUGUAUCACGCGGUCGCAGAAGCAUACGUUACGGUCGCCCACGACGCGUUCCAAGGUCUCCGCCUUGGGUUCGGCGGGAAUCGUUGCCGCCUCCGAGUCCGGUCACUAAUAGGAUAAUUCCGUCCCCCGUAAUACUUCCGCGUCAGUCUCAAUCUCUGCCUCAAGUUCCACCGCCGCCACAGCCCCAACCUCUACCUCAACAUCAACCCCAUCUGCCGUUUCGCUUUCCCCAAAUGCAGAAUGAUGAUAUUUAUUCAGCAACCGGUGUCAGGGUUCAACCGAGCAUCCCGCGACCUCCAAGCCACCAUCCUUAUUCUUUAAACCCGCAAUCCUCGUCGGUACCGAACUUGUCAAAUAACUCGUCCCUCUUGCCACCCGUGACCGUUCUGGUACCGUAUCCCAUACCAAUUCCCAUCCCUAUACCAAUUCCUAUUCCGAUUCCCAUACCACUUUUCGGCGAAUACACGGCGGACAAGGUAUCGAUCCACAGUACAGAGAGCCCUUUACCGGAAGAUCUUUCGCACCGACCUGUGACCAGCACGGGACAAUCUGAAACUGUCGUGAAUUUCGCCUCGAUGACACCGGCGGCAACGACGACGACGACAACGAUGACGACGACGCCUACCAGUUCGGUAAUUUCAACCAGUUCAACGGCCUCGUUAGCCCCAACGAUAUGUACCGCAAAUGUGAUCGGAACACCCUCGAGUAUGGCUCGGACGAGGGCGAGGGGACGCAGCAGUACGAAGACGGAAAAAAAUCCGCAGUCGGCGGUGCUGCAGUUGUCGCCACUGCAGCAACUUUCGCAAACCUCACCGAGGACUGCGAGAACAGUGCAGAGAAAGCGGCGGCGUAACACCGCCGAUGCCCCGGAAGUGGAUGACGGUGAGAAACUUGAACUAAAACGACGUAACAAGUUCGUCCCGGUCUAGAGUGAGUCGUUAAGGACCCUUGAAGAUUGUUGCAGUGUAACUGCAGGACAUUAUCACCCUAACGAUGAGUUGAAAAAGAGACAUGUAUAUCUAUACCAUGUAUAACCAUAGGGCAACGGUGCUAAUAUGCAAUAGUAUGUGUACUGUAGUUUCUGAACCAUUCGACUAUAAUACGAUGAUGUAUCUUGUACGUAUUGAAUGUAGUAUUGCAACAUCGGACCGCGGUGUGAUAACAACGGGUCAGAAGUGAAAUAUUUGAGCAGCAAAAAGUAACGCGACAAAGAAAAAUGUUACGUUAAUAAAAGCACAAAUACUACUAGUC